CGUUUUUGCGCACACAACUUUCAAUCUGUCAUUUCCUGCGGAUCGUUAAUUCAGCCCAAGUAAAGUGCGCGGCGUCUUUUUUGUUGAUUACUCAUUGUUUAAUCGCUCUGCAUUUUCCCGAUAAAAUGCAGUAAUUAACUACGUGCCGGAAAAUCUACCCUUUAAACUCACCAUUAAUUUAUUUUUAAUUUUGACGGGACGCUAAAAUAACCAGUAAAAAUGGAAACACCGCUGAAGAAUAAAAUUCUAGCGAAGUUGCUGCAGAGCGAUGGAGUGCAAACUCCGGUGGCCAGCAAUUCCACCAUCACCGGUGGUGAUCGGCACAGUAGGCAUCCUACCAGCGUUACCAAGCUGCCGGCAUCUCCGUUCCUGAAGAAGCUCGGCUUCGGUACAGGCGUGGAAGUGCUGAGAAUUAAACGUUCCCCAUCGAAAAACUGCAACAAGUCACCAUGGGCGAUCAAAAUGCUCUCGCGGCGGAAUACCCCCGAACAUGCCAAAUUGUUCGGCCAUCGACUUACCGAGGAGGCAAGCAUUCUUAGGCAGCUUGACCACCCCAACAUUGUCGGUUACCGAGGCUUCGAUUCACUGGAAGCCGGCCAGAACUACAUCGCAAUGGAGUAUUGCAACACCUCUUUAGGUGAUCUGCUGGAGCAGCGUUACGACGGCAAUCUCGGCCCACUGGAGGCACCAAAAAUACAGCGAAUGGCACUGGACACGCUAAACGCAUUGCAUUAUCUGCACACCGAGGCACUCAUCCUGCACGGUGAUCUCAAAUCGUUUAACAUUCUGGUUAAAAAUGAUUUUGAGGUGUGCAAGCUGUGUGAUUUCGGCGUUAGUUUGCCACUCAAUAAGGAAGGCUUUUUAGAUACGGACAAGAAGAAGGAUGCCCAAUACGUGGGCACGGGCAUUUGGUCAGCGCCGGAGGUGCUCGAGGAGGACGUUACGUUAAUCAGUUCCAAAGCGGAUAUCUUCAGCUUUGGAUUGGUGAUAUACGAAACCAUUACCCUUCUACCGCCGCAUACCUUUCCCGGUAUGAAGGACGAAAGUAUCGCCAGUUCGGCGGACUACGCCGUGAUGAAAUCGAUCAUUCGUGGUAGCACAGUAAACCAGCCGGUGCUACCAACCAACCGCAAGCUCGAUGUCAGCGAAGUGAUUGUAUUGGAUGACGAACCGUCGGAAAAGGAGAAAAAAGCACCGACAAACGAGGAGGCUGGACAGAAGCGAAAGCUCAGCUGUGAGAAGUCGGAAGCGCAGCCUUCAAAAAAAUCAGCUUCAGAGCCGGACUCGACAACGGUGGACGGUUCGGUCAUCUCAAUCGCUGAUGAUAGUCUCCCGCAAGAGAACACAAGCGUUAUCACCGUCGAAGAUGACGAUGGCGAUCAGCCGGACCGUGGAGUCACAAAUUACGUGGACCUUGACGCAGAAGAAGAAGAAGAGGAGGAUGAAGAUUUUGACGAGGAAGAUGAGCUAGAGGAAGGUGAGGAAGGUGAUUACUUGGACUAUGGUAGCUUGGGUACCCGUCCACCCAUUCCGGAGGGUUUAAAUCUGUCGGACGAGUACAACUUUAUACUGGAAGUAUUUUACGUGUGCACACAGGAGGAUUACGAGGCGCGACCUUCAGCAAAAACUUUGCUCGAUAGCUGGCAGAAGAAGCGAACGGAGGCCGCUCCGUCGCCUGGUGGAGAAGCCAACGGGGAGGACAAGGCAACUGACGAUAACUCUUAAUUGCUACUCGCUGGAGCAAUUUUCAAUUAGAGAUGAUUCCAAACGGAAAACAAAAACAAUUCCUUUAAAAUAGUGGGAAGAAAGUAUAUUUAAAACUGUUCUUGACAUUAGA